GGCGUGGAAGAAGCGGUUCUUGUUAAACACGUGUAGCUAAGGUAUUGGUUUUGUGAUAAUGAGAGAAGAAAAGUCGAAGUCGACGAACGAGAUGAAGUCGAUGCUCUCCUCGAUCUUUCAAUCGGUGCUGGCCUCGUCCUCGAACAAUCUCGUCGUCGCCUCGUCCUAUAAGGUGUGUUCUGUGUUAAGAGCUGAUGUACUGAGAUCAUCUGAAGAAAUCAUUAAUAGAAGGAGCUAGUUGCAAGAAGAAUUAGGACAAGGCGACGAAGGUUCAAGUAAUAACCAUGAAUGUUCAGGCUCACAUGUCGGGACAACAACGAUCUAGGCAGUCUCCAAACCAAGGGAAUAACGGGAACUCUCAAAUGCAGAACUUAGUUGCUGCUUCGGCUGGUGCUGGUGGUAGCGUAGGGCCUUCACGUAGCACUGUUGGUCUGAUGGACCAUGAUAUUUUAAAACUAAGGCAGUACAUGCAAAUCCUUGUCAACGGCAACCAUCUCCGGCUGAUGCUGCAUCAAAUGAUGUAUUCAGUCUCAACAGUUGUGUUGUUCACCUUGGCAAUGGCUGCUGCCACUGGGUUAGGUGCAGUGCCCUUCUUCUUUGUUAAGCUCGAUCUUCAGUGGGCUGGAAUAUGCAAUGGCAUGGCUGCUGGUGUGAUGUUGGCCGCUAGCUUUGAUCUUGUGAACAUGUUGUGUAUCACGGGAUGUAUUUGUGAUGAAGUGUAGAGUCACAUGCUUGUAGUCUUGUAGUUUUGUUGUGAACAUGUUGUGUUGUAUCACGGAAUGUAUUUGUGAUGAAGUGUUGAGUCACAAAAUCUUUAUAAAUAAUGUAUUCAAAGCAUUGUUUUCAAUCACAAACCACAAUCUCAAACAUUUCUUUCA